CCUCCUUCUUUUUACAGACUACAGACUUUGGAGCAGAGGCGAGGUUGCAGCGCUUUUAACAGCGGUGAAAAUGUUUCAGAUGGGGUCAAAAAUACUUCUUCUUCUUCUCUUGGCAUUCCCAUGCUCCCUUAUCGGCUCAGUAGGACGGGUGUCAGCUGAAAGUGAGCCUCCGGGAGACGGAACUGCAGACUCUGUGGUAGAUGAGGAGGAAGAGGAAGACGAUGAAGAAGCCCUGGUAGAAGAAACUCACAUCUCUGACGACUCGGGAGAUGAGCAGGACGAUCCUGUGGAAGCCACUGUGACCUCUCACCCCGAUGUGGAUACCACCAUUAUCUUUGUGAGUGGGGAAGAGUUCCCAGCCAAUGAAAUUGUGAAGUUCUUGGUGGGCUUCACCAAUAAGGGCAGUCAAGACUUCACUGUCCAGUCACUGGAGGCUUCCUUCCGGUAUCCCCAGGACUACCAGUUCUACAUUCAGAAUUUCACAGUUCUGCCCCUGAGCACGCUGGUCCAGCCCCAGAGACAGGCGUCCUUUGAGUACUCCUUUAUCCCCGCGCUGCCCAUGGCUGGACGCCCCUUCGGACUGGUCAUCCUGCUCAACUACCAGGACAGUGAGGGCAAUGUCUUCCAGAGUGCCAUAUUCAACCAGACAGUCACCAUCACCGAGCUGGAGGAAGGUCUGGAUGGAGAAACGGUGUUCAUGUAUGUGUUCCUGUCUGGACUUGUGGCGCUCAUCUUGUUUGGGCUUUACCAGGUGCUGGAGUCCAGGACGGCUCCAACCCUGAAAUGGACAAAGAAAAUGGAUGGAUGGUAUCAAUCAAAGAGGAAGAGAGUCCCGGGGAAGGUGGAGACAGGCACAGGCGGUCUGAACGACGUGGACAUCAGCUGGAUUCCCCAGGAGACCCUCAACGUCAUGAACAAGGCCUCCCCAAAAGCUUCUCCCCGAAAGCGGACCAAGAGAGCAGCCGGAACGGAUCAGUAAACACCCCCCACCCCCCCGCCAUUGUGCGUAUACACUCUCCCAUCCCUCUGCCCCGUUGUGUGGAGAGACCCGGGGAACUGCCAUUCAACCCACCCCAAAAAAUGACCUGACCAGCCCACCCUGCCCCCACUGCCAGAGAACUUUGUAAUCUGUCCCCAACUCACGAAUCCUUCUCCCACGCCAAGGCCUCCUGACGAAAGCGCCUGUUGUGCUGGUCAGAUGGAGAUCAGUACGUGCGUGGCUCAUGCACACAGUAAUAUGGGAAAGGUGGCAGGUGCAUUUCUGUGUAAGUAUACCAGCAAGGCUUACUGAGAGGGGAGUCUGUCCAGAUUUCAUCACCUGUAUGUCCAGAGGAUAGACCUUGCUUUUUCCUGGAGUGCGUUUUUUUUAAUACUCUCUACACUGGUAUUGCUUUUGAAUAUUUGUUUUCCGUUUGGAUCGACAAAACUUCAAUUUGCUAAAGCAGCCAGGUCAAUGGUAUCCCAAAGGUGCAUUUUUAAAAAGCUUUGCUUUGGCGUGGUUUUGAAUAAUAGAAACGCAGAAAGUAGUUUUCAAAAUUCCUGUUUUUUUUUCCCUCUCCUGAGGCUAUGGGCCUAUUUCUGCCUUUUUGAAUUACGAUGCCCAUUUCAUUUUUGCUCAAGAGAUAUUAACAAAAAUUGAAUGGCUGAUCUUUCUGUGUGAUUAGAUACCAUUAUAAAUAUCCUGCUCUGGUCAUGGGCAGAAGUCUUCCAUGUGUUCUAGACCACAGUGGGUACAAUGACCGUGAACCGUGACCCUGAAGGCAGCUAUUCAUUCUUACACGGAGUCAAAAACACUUUAUAAUCUCGACACACAGGAAUCAGGUUAUUUCUUCGUUCCACUCUUGCUGUUUAUCAGCUUUACAUGGUUAAUGCACAUGACUGACUUUUUUUCCUGUUUAAGCAAGUGUUUGACAGUCCACUCAGUAUGUGUUAGCCUGCUUUUUUGGCAGAGUUUUUCUUUCAAUCAAAUGUAAACUUAGACUGACAUUUGCGCAGGUCCAACUCUUUGUAUUUCCAGCUUCUGUCUGCUCUGUUCUCCACAGGACUGUGUUAAGCCAUUCUGCUUAAGCCAUUUUCUUAAACACUAUUAAUACAAGUGGUAUAGUUCUUUUUUUAAGUUGUUGAGACUCUUUUAAUUCUCUAAAAUGAGUAAAGAGGUAUUUUGAUUGGCAGUCGUGGCAUUGUAAAAUGAGGCUUUUAUUCCCAGUCUGUUAUGUGGCAGUGUAUCAGUUCAGGGAAAUGAUUGGAAAGCAGUCCACGCUGCAGGGACCAUAAAACUAGUUCUGUUCUGAAUAGAAAGGUCACGUUGAGAAAAUAAGUUUGCCUCAGCUCAGAUUAAAACUCUCUCGAAUUCACGGAGAUGAGUGACAAUCUUAGUGCAAUUCCACUAAGCACACAUUCUUCUUCACCAAGAUACAUACCCCACUGUUUUGAAACUGCCAUUUUGUUUUGUGAAUGUGCCAGAUGAUGUAACUUUCAGCUGAGCAGCUGGAGAAUAUAGUACAUCAAACUCUUUAACGGUUUGUGAUCAGUUAUUCUUAUCCACAAAUAUUAAUCUGGUGCAGUCCAGUGAUCUGACACUAAGUUCUCAAUCAAAUGAGAAAUGUGGUGUUCCUCCGACAGUGUUAAGGUUGUUUGGUCAAGUGGCAUGUGGUGUGUUCAGUCUUUCAAUAAAGAAAGAGUCAAUGUA